AUGCAUGACACGACCGUCCGACGCGCGGAAGCGUUGCAAGGGCUCAGUGGCACGAUGCCGUGCCGGUUUUUCUACAUUCAAAACACCUACGAGACGCUGCUGGAAGAUUUCAUUGCGGUGUAUGGACUUGCGAGCGAAUUUGACGAAAACCAUGCAAACGAAGUCGUCGAAGCCAUGGACCGCGUGCUGAACCACCACGCCUAA